AUGGCGACGGACGUGCUCCUCGAGACCACAAUGGGCGCCAUCACCAUCGAACUGUACACCACGCACGCGCCGAAGACAUGCACCAACUUCUCGACGCUCGCUUCGCGCGGCUACUACAACAACGUGAUCUUCCACCGGAUCAUCCCGGACUUCAUGGUGCAGACGGGCGACCCGACCGGAACGGGACGCGGGGGUUCGAGCAUCUACGGCGACAAGUUCGCGGAUGAGAUCCACGCAGACCUCAAGCACACCGGUGCGGGUGUACUGAGUAUGGCGAACAGUGGGAAGGACACCAAUGGGAGCCAGUUCUUCAUCACGCUGGCGCCGACGCCAUGGCUGGACGGAAAGCAUACGAUCUUUGGGAGAGUCAAGAGUGGGAUGAAGGUUGUGCAGAGGCUCGGGCUGGUCAGGACGGAUGGCGACGAUAGGCCGAAAGAGGAGGUUAGGAUCCUGAGGGCCAAGGUUCUUGAGGGCGGUGGUGCCGAGUGA